CAUCGGGACCGGCGACACGCACGCAUACACUGCACCGGCUCCACACGGAAAAACACAGUUCCGUCGCUGGCGGCAUUGGAGAUCGUGCGAUCCACCCGCGAGCCACGGCGUCGGGGAGUGGGGGGGGCAACAGGUGCACGGGAUGCGGCGCCGCGAUUACACCGACGGCGGCGAACCACCGGACGCUCUGGACUGGGACCUGGACCUGAACCUGGAGCUGGAGCUCAGGGACGACCAACAGUCCAGGCUAUACCGGUACCUGUCUGAAGGGCACAGGCCCAGGUACAGGAACGAACCGCCGAGGAGGGCUGCCACGGUCACGUUAGCCAACAGGCGGCAGCAAUCUGAUGGACAGCUUUAUUGUCAGCACGUCAGGACCUGUGCCACCACUGGACAUCAUAAGGCCAAAUGUGCGACUCAAGAUUUGUUCGAAUUACUCGAAAGAGUUCAGAGCAACCGAUUGGAUGACCAGAGAUGUGUUCUACCGCCGUACUUCGCUCAAGUAAGCAAACAUCACGUCCAGCUAUACUUUUAUAUGCUUGAUUAAAUUGCAUGCAACUAUAUAAUUAAGAUUUAAGGCGCAUAUUAUACCAUAUAGGUUUAUUUAUUGAUUCUUUAAAUAUAUAUUUUUUAUUUUAUUUUACAAUACCCCGAGCGAGUACGACUGUAUAAUAAUGUGUAUUAUAUUCUGCACAACAUGCAGCAUAAUAUUAUAGUCGUAUAACAUGUUUGUUAUCUUAAACAGCUCGUGUGUGUCUGUCUGACAUGCAUUAUAUGAUAUAUUUAUAGUAACAGGCGCCAACUAAAAUAUUUAGUCUUGUCACGGUAUCGGAUAUAGCUAUGGAAUAAUAUGUUUAUUAAACAACGGAGACGACUCAACUCCUUUAGACAGCGUAUAGGUACUUAAAUUUAGGUGUUUUAGUAAAAAUAAAUAUAUCAUGUUGAUUAUUUUACGCCUAUAUAAGAUAUAUACACAUAGUAUAGACUGCAACUUAUAUUAUUAUAAGCUGUGUUAU